GUUCUUUAUAACGACCCCAGAUUUCUGAAGAACAUAAAGACUCCAUGGGAACACUUGCUGGACAUCUAGUCCCUGGCUCAGUCCUUGCUCUCCUUGGCUUAUGGCACAUCAUCAAUACAAUCAAAUCCUACCACCUAAAAGGCUCAACCCACUUCAGGUCAAGCUUUUGGCAUCCCUUUCUCACCCCUUUCCCCAAACUGGUGUACUUAGAGCUUCUGCUUAUUGUUUUUUUCUCCAUAUUUUCCAUAGUUAUGCAGGUUUUGGACUACCCUUUGUUUACCUUAGCUUUCAAGCUCAAUAACUAUGAGCAUGCCACCAUGUUUCUCCACCUAGCUAUAUAUGCGGGUUUUACCCUUUUAAGUGAACUCACUCAUAAAUCAGACACCUUGUUUGAGGUUUCUGGAAUUCUUGCUGCUUCUGUUUUCAGUCAAGAGCUUUUCUUGCUCCAUUAUCACUCGGCCGAUCAUGUUGGACUCGAGGGCCAUUACCAUUGGCUAAUGCAACUUAUUGUGUUGGUCUCUCUUCUAACAGCUAUAUUUGCGACCACUUUCCCAUCCAGCUUCCCUACAUCGCUUGUUCUUUCUAUUUCUGUUGCCUUCCAGGGGUUUUGGUUCAUUAAUAUGGGAUUCAUGUUAUGGGUUCCUGAACUUGUCCCCAAAGGGUGUGUCCUACGGUUGGGUGAUGGCGGCGAUAGCGACAUGCACGGGGCCAUCGUGUGUGGGACCCAUGAGGCACGGUUAAGGGCUAGAGCCAUGGCUAAUUUGCAAUUCAGUUGGAUACUGGCUGGGAUUUUGAUCUUUGUGGGAUGUUUAUGCUUAUCUUUCCCAAAAAAGGUCACUCAUAGGGGUCAAUCGGCCGAGUAUGAACGACUCCAUAGUCGAAUUGCUGAGGUCCCUCUAUCGGUAACAGGAUUCAAGCAAGUUCAUCCAUAGAUACACAGUUUGUUUGGUAAUAGCAAUUACGUAUAUGGGCUAAUGAAUUUGCUUCUAAGGAUGCUAAAAUUGUCAAAAAUCUUUGAUGCUUAUAAUGAUACCAGUCUUUAUAAUA